AUGAUUUCAACAAUCGGCACAACAACAAUUCAAACAACAGCACCAAACUCGUUAGUCAUGAAUCCAACAUCUAUGUUAGUAGAGAUGAAAAGCUUCAUUCCUUCUUCAUAUACUUUUGAAACAGAAAUCCAGAAGAUAAAGCAAGAACUUUUAACAAGUAAUUUAGACUGUAGUGCGAAAGAUGAAACAAAUGAACAGUAUCUUUAUGAAAUGCAGGACCUCAUCGACCAUUUGCCUAAACUACCUGAAAUCCAACAACAAAAACUAACUAUUCCUGAAUUCGACGAAAUUGAAGUCAAAGCAACUGACUCAGUAG